AAUGGUCAAAAUCUUACAGUUUAGAAUCACAGUGUUAGAAAACUGCCCUGUACGGAAAGCAAAACAGCACGUUUUCACAAUAGAUGACAUCUCCUUAUCUCUUUUAGUCUCCAACAAAAGAAAUGUUGAGGAUUCUGAUCUCGAUACACCCACUGUCUCUAUUGCUACUGCAGCUGGCACAGCCAUCACAGCCUGAAGAGAGAAGCCAUUAUCACGUGGAACCUGAUGAAAUGUACAACUACGACGAAGCUGUAGAAGAAUUUUUUGGUAAUGGUCCUACCAGACCACCUAUCAGAGAAAAAUUCAUUAGGACUUUCCUUAUUGGGUCAGAAAGGCCAUUAUAUGAUUCCCUCUUCUGCACUGACUCAAUCUUGCUAAAAAAUGUGCACCAUAAGUCUCGUUGUAUGGCAGAACAUUAUUUCAUCUUAAUGCCUUACAAUGAGGUGAAAAAAAUAUGUUAUACUAGGUUUGUUGAAUGUAAGGAUGGAAUUAAGAAAUGUAACAGAAGUAGGGUGCCCAUAGAAGGAGUCUAUUGUAAAUUAACAGAAGGUACCAACAUGCCUGAGUGCCAAUAUGAUUCAUUUUAUAAGAAAGGGCUUGCUGUAAUUAUUUGUAAAUGGGCAAAUGCUUUUGAAGAACUUAUUCCUGUUACUGUAAAUGAUAUCAAGGAGUUACAGUAAUGAGCACAAAGGCGCCCUAAGUGAAGUCUUCCUCAGGGUUUAAGAAACCAUCUCUGGUGCAGGUGUCUCCCACAACAAAGACACCUUCAAGAAAGAGGAGGCAUUUGAGAAGUCAGUCACCCUCUCCACAAGAUCAUCAAUCAUCCAAAUUGUGAAUGGUUAUUUCAUCGCACUCUUUGUAAUCAUCAACCUCCCUCCUGCUGGCCCCAACAUUACCCCAAGGCCACGUGAGCUGGGGUCACUACACGGUGACCUAGCUAAUGCCCGAGG